AUGAAUCAAGGUGCAAAUAACCCUGGUUUUUCAGUUGCUCAAGUUCGCAUUGUAUUCCAGCUGGCUCCACCCCAGUGCUCAACUGCAAAACUUCCUGACUUCUUGUCGCACCCCCUCCUCUAUGUCCAACCUUUUCAUAUCAUAACAACCCCCGAGGAUCUAGAGGACACUUGA